AUGAAGGAAUUAACGGUUCAAGUAUUGCCACAUUCCGAAGCACAUUUAUUGUGGAAAUGGAGAGAAAUUCAGAUAAAUGGAUCCUUUUCAACUUGGAGUUUUCACUUGGACUUGGUAAUACAUAAUUUCAAAGUUAACAGUGAUCCUGAUAAGAUAGAAGUUAAAAAGAAUGAGAAUAAAGCACUUAUUCAUUUUCAAGAAUCUUCUGAAAUGAGCUAUGUUCUUGGAGCGAGUAUAGGUGGCCAUUGUCAUAAAACUAAAAUCGAAGUUGAAUAUGAAUCUGGUAAGUGUUCAAUGUGA